AUGAGCUCCCUUGCGACAAAGCAGCAGUCGCUUAAGAUCUUCGAGAAGUUGAAGACUAAGCCUGCGAACAAGAUCUGCUUCGACUGCGGCCAAAAGAACCCUACAUGGACCUCUGUCCCCUUUGGCAUCUACCUCUGCCUUGACUGCUCCUCCAACCACCGAAACCUUGGUGUCCACAUCUCCUUUGUGCGAUCAACGAACCUCGACCAGUGGCAAUGGGACCAGCUCCGAGUGAUGAAGGUUGGCGGCAAUGAGUCUGCUACCAAGUUCUUCCAGCAGAAUGGCGGCACCGCGGCGCUGAACAGCAAAGAUCCCAAGACCAAGUACCAAUCUAACGCCGCUACAAAGUACAAGGACGAGCUCAAGCGCCGUGCUGCGCGCGAUGCCCAAGAUUAUCCCACUGAAGUUGUGAUCACCGACGCUGUUGACGAUGGAUCCGCUACCCCUGCCGGCGAGCCUGACGACGAUUUCUUCUCCUCUUGGGAUAAGCCUGCCAUCAAGAGACCUACGCCUCCUGUCUCUCGCACCGGAACCCCCCCUGUUGUCGGCCGCACGCCUUCUCCCUUCUUGAACUCUGGUAACGGCAAGGAUAUCGCCCGUACAGCUUCGCCUCUUUCCCGAACCUCCACUGGCGAGAACAAGCCUGCAAGCCGAAUCACUACAUCUGCCGCUCUCCGCAAGACGCCCGCUUCCACUGGCCCCCGAAAGGCCAACGUCCUCGGUGCCAAGAAGACCACCAAGCUCGGCGCAAAGAAGGUCACCGCAGACAUCAUUGACUUUGAUGAGGCUGAGAGGAAGGCCAAGGAGGAGGCGGAUCGCAUUGCCAAGCUUGGCUAUGAUCCUGAUGCUGAGGAGGACCCUGCCACCAGGAACUCCGGAUCAGCUGCUGCCAUUAUCUCUCCCACUCCUGUUGCACCCAGCCGUGGAAGCGCCUCAUCGCAUACACGACAGAAGUCAGAUGCCGAGGUUGAGCGACUGGGUAUGGGUAUGAACCGUCUGGGUUUCGGGCAAGUUGGUGGUCCCAAGGCCGCCGCUUCUUCUGCCCCAAAGAGGAAUGCUGGAGGUUUUGGUUCCGUUGGCCCCGUUAGGGCUCAAGACGUUGAUGACUCUGAGCGAUACGCUCGUGAAAAGUUUGGCACCCAGAAGGGUAUCUCUUCCGAUGAGUUCUUCGGCAAGGGUGCUUUCGACCCCAGCCAACAGUCCGAAGCCAAGACCCGACUGCAAGGUUUCGAGGGUGCAACUGCCAUUUCUUCAAACGCCUACUUCGGACGACCAGAGGACGAGCCCGAGGAGGAGUACGGCGACCUCGAGUCUGCGGCCAAGGACUUUGUGCGCAAGUUUGGUAUCACAGCUGGUGACGAUCUUGAGAACCUCACACAAAUGGCUGGCGAGGUAUCAACUCGACUCCAGGGAGCCAUCCGUUCAUACCUUGGAAACUAA